AACGCGUUACAUUUAUUAUCAAGUACUAUACAUGUGAAUUUAGUAUUGGGUACGCUGGUGUACAAAACUUGCGGCGUGUCUCAAGUUUGUAGAUGUAGGCCUGUACAUGAGGAAAUAUGCAGGGCACAUGGCCUUUCAUGGGCGAGACAAAAGAGCAGCGCAGGCCCAAGGCCUGUCCUCAGAUACGCCCAUUUUAUUAAGAAUUUAAACGAAAUGACUGUUAUACAUUUUGAGAUGGCAAACAAUGUCCCUGGGCUAUGGAUUACUGUAAAGGACCGUUUAUGUAGAAAGAAAUUUCGAAUUUCCGCACAAGCGAAAUGUCGUGUAGGCACAAGCUACUUUUGCCAUGCUGCUACUUUAAAGUGAUACUGCAUAAAGAGCGAUUAUUGCAACCGACUUAAUCGAUGAGUUUGUGUAGCCACGUUGUUAAUGGCGCCGAACGAAGAUGGCUGCCUCUUGGCCACUUGCUUGAAUUACGACCCAGAGACAAUGGCCCUGAGGGGAUGGAGCCAGAUGGAGUCAUUGAGAGCAACUGGAAGGAGAUCGUUGAUAGUUUUGAUGAAAUGAACCUGCGAGAGGCUCUUCUUAGAGGAAUCUAUGCUUAUGGUUUUGAGAAACCUUCGGCAAUUCAGCAGAGGGCAAUUCUCCCUUGUAUCAAGGGGUAUGAUGUCAUUGCACAGGCUCAGUCUGGCACAGGAAAGACGGCCACCUUUGCCAUCUCCAUCCUUCAGCAGGUUGAUGUGGAGCUGAAGGCCACACAAGCUAUGGUGCUGGCUCCUACCAGAGAGCUGGCCCAACAGAUUCAGAAGGUGGUCCUGGCUCUUGGAGACUACAUGGGUGCCACCUGCCAUGCCUGCAUUGGUGGCACCAACGUUCGUAAUGACGUUCAGAAGCUUCAGGCAGACGUGCCCCAUAUAGUAGUUGGAACACCCGGUCGUGUUUUUGACAUGCUCAACCGCAGAUAUCUCUCUCCUAAAUAUAUAAAGCAGUUUGCGCUGGAUGAGGCGGAUGAAAUGUUAAGCCGUGGUUUCAAGGACCAAAUCUAUGAGAUCUUUCAGAAGUUGGCAACAGAUACUCAGGUGAUUCUUUUGUCUGCAACCAUGCCUCAGGAGGUGCUGGAGGUGACCACAAAGUUCAUGAGAGAUCCUAUUCGUAUCCUGGUCAAGAAAGAAGAACUGACUCUCGAGGGUAUCCGGCAGUUUUACAUUAAUGUUGAGAAAGAGGAGUGGAAGUUGGACACUCUUUGUGAUCUCUAUGAAACGCUGACCAUCACUCAGGCUGUGAUCUUCAUCAACACUCGCCGGAAGGUGGAUUGGCUGACUGAGAAAAUGCAUGCAAGGGAUUUCACAGUUUCCGCUCUGCAUGGUGACAUGGAACAAAAGGAGAGGGACGUCAUUAUGAAAGAGUUCCGUUCUGGAUCCAGCCGAGUCCUCAUCACUACUGACUUGCUGGCAAGAGGCAUUGAUGUGCAGCAGGUUUCCCUUGUCAUCAACUAUGAUCUUCCAACCAACAGGGAGAACUAUAUCCAUCGAAUUGGACGUGGUGGUCGUUUUGGCAGAAAGGGUGUUGCUAUCAACAUGAUCACCGAAGAUGACAAGCGCACGCUCCGAGACAUUGAGACCUUCUACAAUACUACUGUGGAGGAAAUGCCUAUGAAUGUUGCUGAUCUGAUCUAAGACCACUGCCUCAUCCUUUCCUUCCUCCCCUCACUUUCGAUUCCUAGUUAUUUUCCUUUUAUGACUCUUAUUCCAGCCCACACCCAUUUUCAUGCAACUCCACCCCCUCACAAAUCUAGUACUGUCACUUUUGAAGGCAAGAUAUUCUCUUAUGAAUCUGGUGUAACCUGUUGGCUGCGUCAGUGAAUACUCCAUUUUAAGAUCUGAGUUUACAGGAUUACUCUUGUAAGGCCAAUUUAAUCUUGCCCAGUUCUCUGAAUGGUGCCAUCUAAUCAUCAAGAAAGCAUUACAGGGCUUAUGUGCAUGUAUGGUGUAAAUGUUAAUGCACUCUGACUGGCAUAAUGGGUUGGAUAUGCCCUGCUUCUCUUGAGUGUUGGUCUAAUCAUGUGUGAGAUGUGACUGUUUACAUUGGAAUAAAAACAAAAAAACAGUUGGGGCAAGGGAUGUAUAUUACAGAAUGGCGUCAUAGUUUUACACGGGGGGCCUUGGACUUAUACUACAGAUAGCGAGUCACUGCCAUUCCUGGACAGAAGUGGAUGUGUAGAGUUCUACUACACGAUCUGCUUGAUCAGCGACAUGCUUCAGUCCAAUAGGAUGUUUGAGGAACACAAACUCAAUUGUAGGAUUGCUGAAUGUGGUCAGAAGCCAUUUUUCCCCACUGUCCAAUUCUUUUGUUACAUCUCAUGUAUUGUCCUGUGUGUCUGCUUGGAGCUUUUUCAUUUUUAUAAAUAUGCUUUACUCUGGUGGGACAGGUGGCAUUAGAAAUGGAUUUUGGAUAGAUGGUAACAGCCCACCAUUGUGUUGGCUCAGUAAUUCUCUGCCUCAAAGUCCUUGAUGUAUUGGGGAGUGAUGCUCCUAAAACCUACCUCACCAAAACAUGUUGGAGGGGUCUAGAUAUGUAAAGGACCAAACUGCAGUAGUAGAGUAUAUACAAAUUAUUAAGUCUUUUUAUUGUUAAAAAAUAUGUCUGUCUUUUUUUGGGUGGGUUUGGAUGUGUGAUUUACAUUUGGUCAGCGCUAUUUUUUUAAACAAAUUUAUUACAAAUGUGACAAUUAUUGACCUUUUUGAGACAGAAGCCAUGUAUUAAAUCUUUUCUACAUUGGACUCUGUAAAGUAUUUAUUUUAAUGGUCUGAAAUAAAGGUGUUUCCCAUUUUUAUUAUUGGUUCAUUAGGGCCCAAGCAGUGAAAGUGCAGAGGCCCUAUUGUUCUAAGGAUUAUUAUUUGUAAAACAAAUUUCUCCAAGGUUUUUGAUACUUUUGGGGUACUUAACGUGAGAAUUCCUGAAAUUUUGCGUACAUAUAAGAGUUGCUGGGCAAAGUUGCAGGGGAGCCCCCCUUGAAAAUGAGCAUGUAAGGGGGGCUCUGUGGCACCCCAGUUUUCACCUACCGUUACCAAACUUUGUACAUAUAUAUAUAUAUAUAUAAUUCUCACCAAGCCGAACAUCUUUCAUAAUUGUAGUCAUUAGCUCUGCCUAACAGGAAGGUGGCCAUUUUGGGUGUUUUGAAAAUUGCAAGCUCUUUAAAUACUCCUAGGGGAUUCAUGUGACUGGAACCAAAUUUGUGCAACAGCAUGCCAAGACAUUGUAGAUGUUAAAUUGUGAACAGAUUUGUGAUCUUUUGAACAGUGUCGCCAUGGCAAAGCAAUAAAUUAAUGGCUAAAAAUGUGAAACAGGAAGUUCCUUGUAUCUUCUGUGUGCAUUGUGUGAUUUUGAUGAAAAUUCAGCUGUAUGUUUGGUAAUGGGGGCUGAUCACAUUGAUGUGGCUAUUGUGGGUCACGGUCAUAGCACCACCAACUGGCCGUAGGAAGUAUGGCACUUUUAACAGACUUUGAAAUAGCCCUCUUAUGUUUACAUGAAUUGCUUCAAAGUUCUUUAGAAUAAGGUUAAGACACUGCUGAUGUCAAAUUGUAAAAGGAUAUUUUAUCUUAAAUACUGUUGCCAUGGCAAUGCAUUAAUUGUUUUUCCUUCCUAUAUUUGGAUGUUUUUGAGGAACUUGGCAUGCUUAAAAUUUCAUGAGAUUUUGCACACAUCAGAGUCAUUGACCAAUAGGUCUGGGCAAAAGUUAAUGAAUGGGCCUGUAGGGGGGUCUCUGUAGCACCCCCUUUAAAAUGGGUGUGGAAGACAGCUGGUGUAGCACCACCAUUUUCACCUAACAGUCACCAGAAUUGGUACAUAUAUAGUUCUCAUCAAGCCGGACAACUUUCAUCAUUAUAGUCAUUAGGUCCGCCCAACAGGAAGUCAGCCUUUUUUUCUCUGGUUCUGUUUAAAGAUUAUUGUGUCAAUGUUUCUUUAACAAAGUUGAAUCAGUGUAAAUGUGAUCAUUUUGUUAGGCUAGAUGGUAGACAUGAUAAACAUUCAGUCAGCCUAAAAUGUCAAGAGUUUAUCUACAUCACUGAAGUUUACAGAGCCAUCAUGCCUGUUCUACUGUUAUGAUAAAGUAGUUACUGUUUUCUGACAUAUAAUAAAUGUUAUCUUCCUCUGGCCUUGCAGCCAUGAAGGCAAAAAUGUGCUUUAAAUAAACCAUUAUGUAUGAUAGUAAGCAAGUGAACAAAAUAUUUACUACAUUUCCCAAGAAUCAAUCUAAAUAAAAGUUUUGCGGAUUUGUUCCUUUGA